AUGGACCAAGCCGUAUACGAAGUUCUUUCACGCGUUCUUUCACCAGAUCCCAAUAUACGAAUGUCGGCUGAGCUAAGACUAAAAGAACUAUGUAACGUUCCUGUAAUUAAUUUAAAAAAUUAUGUGGUUUCUCAUUGGUCUUCUACCUCGGAAACGUUUGUAGGGAUAGAAACUACUGAAGAGGCAUAUGUCAUAUCAAAAAUUGCACAUAAUGAUUGGCCUGAUUAUUGGCCUGACCUCUUAGACUUAUUAAUAUCUCUUUUAAAAACUGGCUCACCAGAGCAAGUGCAUGGUGCAAUGAGAGUUAUGACUGAGGAGCAUCCCGAAGCAACAGAAUCGUUUCUGAUGGCACCUGUCAUUCCAGAUUGGCUACAAAUUUUUAUCAGCAUUUUGAAGCAACACACUACGGAUAAUGAAGAACGUGAAUUUGAAGAGUAUGGUUUAAAAUUGGAAUGCUUAAAUCUUAUUAUUAAAUAUUUUCCGAAAUUACUUUCUUCAUAUUUGAUCGCAUUGUUGGAACCAAUAUGGCUAGAUUUGGUCCAUCAACGAGAAAGAUAUCCUAAUUCUCAUUUGAUAGAUUCUGAUGGUGAAGUUUUCGGUUUUGAAUAUUUGCUUUUUGCCCAAUUUGAAUUCGUCGGUCUUUCUGUUAGAAAAAAAUCAGCAAAACCACUCUUUGUACAAAGUAAUGGAGAGAGCACAUUUUUGAAACAAGUCGUUUGGAUAAUUUUAUCAUAUAUGCAGAUGACUAAGGAGCAGGUUGAAAUUUGGUUAGCAGAUGCCAAUCAAUUUGUUGCUGAUGAUGAUGAUGAGACAUUUAAUUUCACUGUUAGAGUUGCGGCAGGGGAUCUUUUAGAAAUUUUGCUUGAAAAGUUUCCUGAAAAAACACUGCAAGCUCUCGCUGAAACGACACAACACCUUAUCGAAGAAUCUAACAUAGCUCGUGCUGCAGGUGAUAAUGUAUGGUGGAAAGUUCAAGAAGCUUGCCUUAAAGCUGUAGGAUUUGUUUCUAACGAACUCGCAACAGUUUUGCAAGACGAUGCUCCCAAAGUUAAAUUUGACCUGCCUGGACUAUUCGAGCAUGUGGUUUUUGGUCAUUUGACUGCAACAGAAUACCCUUUCCUUCAAGGGCGUGCAUUUGUAUUCGCCAGCCAAUAUGCAACACUGUUACCUGGUGAACUUGCAUCGCGCUAUGUAUCUGAAGCUGUCUGUGCAAUUCAAGGGGUUGGUGCUAUACCUGUGAAAGUAUCUGCUUUACGAGCACUGCAAAAUUUCUGUCGUCAUUUGGACGCUCAAUAUGUGGCGCCAUUUCAAUCCAAUAUAAUCGAAAACGUUGCAAGUCUUUUAAAUAUCGUAUCUGAAGACUCUCUAAUACUCGUAUUGGAAACACUUGAAGAGGCUAUCAAAAUAAAUAAUGAAGUGACAGCUCGGUAUGAAAAUCACACGAUUUAUCCGAUAGUGACUGAUAUUUUUGAAGAAUUAUCGAGCAACGUGAAUGCACAUUCUUCGUUUCAGGCUAGAGCCUUACCCCCUUUGGCCAAUAUACUGAUUAACAACACUGAUUCCGCCGUGACUGCGUCAGCAAUUGAUUUAAUAGCAAGUCUUGUAAAAGGUGGUCCUUCACCACUUCCAUCACCAUAUAUCGAACACGUAUUUCCGCCCUUAAUCCAUUUGAUGCUGACAACUGAAGAUCGAAGCAUUUUGCAGAAUGGAGAAAUUUGCUUGAAAUAUUUUGUACAAAAAGAUUGUGCACGGAUUGCUGAAUGGACUGAUGUGAGCGGAAAAACAGGCCUAGAUUAUGUGAUACAAUUCAUUGCCAAGUCGCUUCAGCCAACUGAAAGUGAAUCAGCGACAUUUUUUGGCGAUUUGGUUGUUAAGCUUAUCGAAAAGGCGGGUAACAGACUUUUACCUGUUCUUCCGGAAUUACUCAGAGCGGUCGCAGUGAAACUGGAGAGCGCUCGUACUGCCACGUUUAUACAGUCCUUGCUUAUGAUUUUUGCACAUUUGACUCUUAGCCAGAAAUCUACUGUAAUCAAUUUCAUGGAUGAAUCGGAUAUUAAUGGUAGAAAUGGUCUUGAUAUAUUACUUAAUACAUGGCUUGAAAACCAUGAUAGUUUUCAAGGACACUAUAAUAUAAAAAUCAGUGCUAUUGCGUUGUCUGAACUUUUCUUAUCCUGUGAUCCGAGAAUACAAAAUAUUAAAGUUAAAGGUGAUUUAAUUAUAAUGCCAUCUUCAACAACCAUAAAGAUUAUCAAAUUACUUUUAUCAGAUCUCCAAAAUGCGGCAGAAGGAGACAACCUAAAACGUUCUGAAUUAGAUGAUGUUUUAGACGAUGAGGAGGCUGUUGAAACUGAUGAUGACGAUGAUGAGUGGGAAGAUGUCGAAGAGCCUUCUCCAUUUGCUCCCUCGGAAGAUUACAUUGUUCUUUCAGAAUUUAAUAAAAUACGGGAACUUGAAGAUUUUGAGGAUGAUCCUGAUAUUAAGGAUAAUCAAAUUUACCAUACCAACCUUAGAGAGUACUUGGUGGACUUUUUCCGUCAUUGUGCUUCUCAUAAUAUAAACAAUUUUGCGGAAACAUGUUCGGCACUUAACGAAGAAGAGCAGCUUAAAUUACGCUUUGUGAUCACUGGCAGUCGAACAUGA